UGAGAGCUUCUAAAGUGUAAACUUCGACAAUUUGGGGGAAAGAAAAGAAAGAAAAACAAAAUGUUAGCUAGGAAUUUUAUCAAACACUUUCCGUGCAGGAAUCUCUCCCGCCACCAUAUCCUCAGAGACAGAGUCAGACCUCUCAUCUUCUUCACUUCUUCUACUCCUCAGUCUUCCAUUUCAAUCUCUGCGUCUCUCUCUUCUUCUUCUUCUUCUUCAUCAUCAUCUUCCUCACCUUCGUGCUUUACUGAUGAGUCUUUCGCUGCACCUUACCUCUCAGUUCGUAUCCAUUGUCCAAAACAUGUCGUCGAUCCAUUCUCGGAUGCGCUUUUGUGUUUUGGAGCAAGCUCUGUAGCUGUAGAUGAAGACAUAGAAGAAGAAGACGACGAAGAUGCGGCUUCUGGGUCUUCUCAUGCUUCCAAAGAGAUUUGUAUAGAAUCAAUAUUUCCAGUGCACGAAGAAGUGAAAACGUGCAUUUCACAAGCUGCAAACUCCAUAGGCUUGAAAGAGAUACCCAAAUUCAAAGUUGAAAUGGGAGAUGAACAAGACUGGAUCACCAAAAACCAGGAUUUGUUUCAGCCUGUUGAAAUUGCCGAGAGGCUUUGGAUUGUACCUGAGUGGUCAUCUCCUCCUGUCCCUGAAGCGGUAAACAUAAUUCUGAACCCUGGAUUUGCGUUUGGGACUGGAGAACAUCCUACUACUAGGCUUUGUCUAUUGCUUCUGCAAAGUUUGAUUAAAGGUGGAGAAGCAUUCCUCGACUAUGGUACCGGUUCAGGAAUACUUGCAAUCGCAGCCCUCAAGUUUGGUGCUGCAUCAUCUGUUGGCGUUGAUAUCGAUCCCCUGGCAAUAAAAUCUACUAGUCAUAAUGCAGCUCUGAACAACAUUCCUUUGGAGAAACUAGAGCUGCACCUUGCACCAAGUGAGAAUAGCUCUUCUGGAAGAGAAACACCAUUGCAAAAAGAACAGUUUGACGUGGUCAUUGCAAGCAUACUCUUAAACCCGGUUAUGGAACUAGCAGAUCAUAUAGUUUCAUUCGGGAAACCUGGGGCAACCAUUGGCAUUUCUGGAAUCCUAUCUGAACAGCUUCCAAUUGUAAAAGAACGGUACUCUACCUUCUUGGAGAACAUUUCUACAGCCACAAUAGGUGAUUGGGUAUGCAUGAGCGGUACCAAAAAAGGGGAGUUUAUUGAUAACUGACAACUUUUUCAGUGUUACAUCAGAAAAGAGGCAAUAACAUAAAGCACUAGCGAAGCAAAAGCAAGAAGAACAAAAGUGCCUAAUGAUCAUACAUAAAGAACAGAUCUGCCUUAGUAGUUGACUAAGAGGCUACAAGCCUACAGCUACACAUGAAAUGAAACUUAAUGUACUCUUCAUUGAUGUAUUCAAAAAUUCAAGUCUAUUAUGAUUUAAAGAUUGUGUUGUCGCCAACUCUGGUUGUAAUUAUUGUUCAAACAACCAUUGUAUUUAAAUUCUACAGAAACAAAAAAUUAUGUCGA